AUAGGGAAGUUAUCAUAACACCGAAAUUUAGUUUUCUAGAUACAAUUUUCUACCAGUAAAACUGGAGCGCUACAGUUUGAUUCGUACGCUACCACACUUUUUGGAGAAAUAUUUCUUUGUAGUCUACGCAGUCAUCUCUAUAUAGCCACCUAACAGCUAAUUAAUAAUACUAUACAGGAAAAACAUGGCUCAAAUGGUUGGAAAGUACAUUCACGAAAAAAGCGAAAAUUUGGACGAAUACUUCAAAGCCAUAGGAGUACCAUAUAUACCCAGGAAAAUGAUGAUCGCUUCAAAUCCAACUGUGGAAGUGACUACUUCGGAAGAUGGCCAGUGGUCAAUAACAAUUACUACCCUUUUUAGGACAGUAUCUUACAAAUUUAAUCUUGGGGAGGAAUAUGAAGAGCACAUGCCUGGUGCUACAAUAAAGAGCAUUACAACAAUCGAAGGGGACAAAUUAAUUACUCAAUGUAUUAGUCCAGACAAUACUCACACCACACGGGUGUAUUCAUUUUCGGAAGAUGGUUUAAUAAUAAGCUAUAAACAUGAAGAAUCAGGAAAGGAGGCUAUUCGUCACUUUAAAAGGGUAUAAUACUUGACAGAAAAAUAUAAAAUUUCUAACAAUGCAAUUAUUACUUUUCCUUUCUAACUUUACAAAAUGUUUACAAUAAG